GUCGUCUUGUCGAGAAAGGAAGUUGAAGUCCUCAACCUGAUCUAAUGGCGGAAAGAUACAACACCGACGUCAUUAUGGACGACGGCACCAUCAUUCAUACCACCGUGACGUCCUGGUCCCUCGACGUCCAGCGCUUCAUAAAGGAGGUGCAGGGGUCCCAGAUCCGCAUCACCGGCCUCGACGCCGAGUGGCGGCCCAACCGCAAGAGAGGCGCCGGACAAAACCCGAUCGCCGUCCUCCAGCUCUGCGUGGGCCGCCGCUGCCUCGUGUACCAGAUCAUCCACGGCACCGGCAUCCCCAUCUCGCUGUGCAGCUUUCUCUACCUCUCUGGCUUCACCUUCGUCGGCGUCGGGAUUGCCGAUGACGCGAAACGCCUGCGUGCCGAGUACAGCCUUGAGGUGUCCAACAUGGUCGACCUGAGGGAGUUGGCGGCGAACUCACCACACCGGCCGCGGCCGGAGCUGCGGUCGGCUGGGCUGAAAGCCAGGGCGCUCGCGGUGAUGGGGGCGCACAUCCCGAAGCCGCCAGAGGUGACGAUGAGCGACUGGACCGCGCCGUCGCAGUCGAGGGAGCAGGUCGAGUACGCCUGCAUCGACGCCUACGUCUCCUUCGAGAUCGGUCGCCGGCUGCUCACUCGUAAUUACUAAUUAGUAGUACUGCUACCUGACUACGUCGGCUAUGCAACUAGCAUAUGAGAUCAGACUUGCCAAUUAAGUAGUUGAUCCAUUAUUUUCCAGAAAGAUAGCUCAGACUUAAGUCAACUAUGAAUAAGAUAUUUUUUGAUGAUUUAAUA